AUGCUCCUUUCAUCUUUUGUCCGUCAUGGUACCAUCCGGGAAGAUGGCAUUCUGCUUACGGGCCCGUCGCUGUCCAAUAAUGGAGCGCUGGCUUCAGAGCUCUGUUGCCUGGGAUCAGGCUCGUCUGAUCCGGCCACAAAGUACUUGAUUGAAUAUUCCGAUAUCAUCUGGUGCGAGCUGGCCAACGAUAAUACCGUGGUGAAGGUUUUUUACAUCGAACGUGUGGGUAAGACAUUGGAGGUGAAAAAUAUGCUUGUGGACGUGUCAUAUGCUGCCGAGAACCACGAUAUCGCCAGUUUAAUCUUGAAGAAAGCCUACAAGGGCAGUAUAGUCGCGCCGCUGGUGUUGAUUGUGCUUAAUAGUUUUGGUGGAAAAGGCAAGGCCAGAGAGAUUUACAAGUCGCUGAUAUUGCCUGUUCUUCAGGCAGCUCAUGUCAACGUCACGUAUCAAGAAACCACACACCAGGGCCAUGCGGUGGAAAUCGGCCGUGAUAUCGAUGAAUCUAAGUACGAUGUUAUCGCGUGUUGUUCUGGUGACGGUGUUCCCCAUGAGAUCAUGAACGGUAUGUUUGAAAGGGAAGGUUCCGGUGAAUCCGCUUUCGAUAAGAUCGCCAUCACCCAGCUCCCGUGUGGUUCCGGUAACGCUCUUUCUUUGAGUACUCAUGGCACCAACGACGCUGCUAUGGCAGCGUUCCGUAUGUUAAAGGCAGAAAGAACUAAAAUGGAUGUGAUGGCUGUCACUCAGAUGGAAAACGAUGUUGAACAGACGCGAAUCAGUUUCGUGUCUCAGGCUUACGGAUCCAUCGCUGAUGCCGAUAUUGGUACUGAAAGUUUAAGAUGGAUGGGUCCAAUCCGUUUUGAAAUCGGUGUAGCCCAUAAACUCAUCACCAAGGCUAAGUAUCCCUGUGAUUUGUGGGUUCAUUAUGGUUGCGAGGGCCACGAGGUCAAGAGCCACUUUGAGAGACAUCAAAAAGGACAAAUGACUGCGGAAGGCAGCACCAAGCAAAUAUAUCCUAAGCUUACAGAGGAGCCACCAGCUGAAUGGGAGAAGAUGCAGCCAGAGAUUAGUGAUAACGUUAACAUCUUCUAUGUUGGCAAAAUGCCUUACAUGUCUGACCAGGCACAGUUCUUCCCAGCAGCAUUACCACAGGAUGGUAUGAUGGAUAUGUUGGUGACGAACGCCAAAGCGCCUCUUCUUCAUAUGAUAGGCUUGUUUACUAAGAUUGAUCGUGGUGCACACGUUCAUUCAAAUGAAGUGAUCCACGCCAAGGUCCUCGGUUACAGGUUGGUGCCCAAAGUGGACGAUGACAGAAAGCAUUACAUUUCAGUUGACGGUGAAAACUUCCCGUUGCUGCCAAUCCAGGUCGAGGUUGUUCCAAGAGCGGUGACGGUGUUGCUUCAAGGAGGUUCCUACGUUGAUACGUGUUUCACGGAUUCUGGUCUGGACUAG